GUCCGUGAAGCCGCAUCAUUCAUCAAUCUAUGCAGAAUUCGGUUGCAGCGGGGUGGUCCGCCGUGCCUGGGGCACUUGUGCAGAUAUGGAUCUUUCCAUUGUUGAUGGUGCUGCACUCAUGUGACGCAGGUGGGAGCAGUGCAGCAGAGAUGGGGUGGAUACACUCAGGGCAUCCAGCGGAAGGAUGGCAGGCUCCCUGUCGCUUGUGGGUUGCAGCUUCUUUCAGGCGGUCAUCAGCCGGUGCAUUCAUGCGGCCACCGUCGCUCUUUCCCGAGCAAGUCCACAAGAGGCCUUUCAGGCGGAGAGGCCAGCCAUAUGGGCGCUCGAGUGUGGUCAACCUGGAGGCAGAUAAGGCAGACGACAGAUCCCCGCGGCCGGCGGAGAAGAAGGACGAGGCGAUGGUUGGAGCCAAGGAGGAUGACGAGGAUGUGAGUGAGACUGUGUCGCUGCUCGCUGCACUCGGUAGGUGCCGUCAUCAUGUGAUAUCGUCAUAGAUAGAAAGCACACACACCUAAAGGAAAGAGCUCCAUGCAUGUGUGCACUGAACGGGUGUGUCGAUGUGUGUCCCUCUGUGACUGACUGACUGACUGCCUGACGUAUGGGAGCAGGGAAACCAGACAGGUAGGUGGGGCGCCAGGACCAAAGGAAGACGGCUCAGCCACGUACCUAUCCCACGAUUGGUCGCUUGCCUCCCUCGUCUGUUGUGGUUGCUUUGCUUGAUGUGUUUGUUGUGCUUAGUGAGGAGAGUUUGUUGGCGUCGUUGCAGGAGGACAUUGACUUUCUGAGGGGAUUACAGGAGCGUGGCGAGGAGGCGGCUCCCGACCUGGAGGGUCUGGUGCCUGAGGCCGUGGACAUGGACCAGGAGCUGGGGCAGGACGAGGAGCAGCCUGAAGUCAUCGACCUGUCGCUACUCGAUGAUGACACCGAGGCUGAGCUACGGGAGGAAUUCAAAGCACUUGCUGGCAAGGACCAGCUCAUGACACUCGACCAGUUCUCGCAACUCCAGGAGUUCCAGGACCUCAUCCAGGCAGGUCGGUAGGUGGGUGGCUGGGUGGCUGGGUCAGCAGCAUGCAAGGAAGGAUCGGACGUGCCUGAGGCUAGAUGAGAUGAGCGUGUCGCUCCUGUCGACACUCUGUCUGUCGGGUGUUCUCUCUGCAUUACGUAAUGGUGCCUGCAGGUGACCUUCGGCAGAGUGAGGUCAGCCAGGCUUGGGAGCGGACAGAAAAGAUAUCAGGCACUGACAAGGUGGGCUCACUCUCUCCCAACCUCAAGUUUGUUGAGGCAGGCCUUUGUCUUCAUUGCUUUCUUGCCUUGUUGCUGCAUACCUGUGGUGUGAGUAGGUUGACGUCAUGGGGUUCCUCGAGGCGUGGAUGCGCGUCGAUAAUCUGUUCGAAACCAUCCAGGAGGAGGACGAGGAGGGCGAAAUGGUCGAAAGCCUCGUCAAGAAGAAAGGUGCGGACGCAUGUAUGUGUAUAUAAUCGCAUCUGCGUACAUGUAUCGCCUCACAGCUGUAGUACCGACCAUGAAAGCUCAUGAAUGGAAUGCUCCUGCUCAGACGUGCGGGCCGGCGACAUGCAAAUCAUCGGUAGGUUUUAGUGGAGCGGAACAAAGCACACCCCUUGUGCUUUCCUUCCUGCCCGAGCUGAUUGAUGCGUGAAUGGCCGGAGUGCGUUUGUGUACGUUGGCUUUGUGUUUGCGGUUGAUGCGUGCCGUGCAUGCAGAUGCGGACAAGGUGAGUGACGAGUGGGAGCUGGAUUUCUACAGCCGCCCUAUCAAGGGUGCUGACGGCAAGAAAAUAUGGGAGGUGCUCAUCACGGAUAAGACCGGCAACUUCAAGUACGCCGAAGUCGUCCCAACCAGACAAGUAGGGCUGGCUGGCUGGCUGGCUUGUCGGGCCACCCACCGCACAUACCACUUCCAUGCAGUCGAUCGAUGCGUCCAUCCGAUGCUCUGUGUGCCAUGCCCCUACGUACUCAUCAUCCAUGUGUCUGUCUGUGGUGCCAUAUAUGCAUUCAUUGAUGCAUGCAGGUCAACAGCCGUGCCUUGAAGGAGCUAUUCGAGCGAGUUGCGGAUGAUGCGCCCACCCGACCGAAGGUGGUCCGCUUCUUCAGGUGGGCGACGUGUCGGGGGCAGGGAGGGAGGGAGGGGUGCACUCACUGUCCAGUCAGCUGUAUGACAUGAAUCCUGUAUGUAUGUAUGUGUGUAUGUGUAUGUGUGUGUGUGUGCCUUUCUUUGGUCGACCUUGUAGGGCUCAGAUGCAGAGCAUGAUCAAGAUCGGACUCUCGGUACCUACCGUAUGCACAGCCCACACAUUGCACGCAGCAUGGAUGGCACGUACGCAUCACAUAGAUCGCACACAUCCUGCCUGCAGUGCCUCCUCGUCCUCUCCGCUUCUUUGUCCGUAUACAUUACGAACAGGCAGUGAGCGGGAUUGACGUCCGUCCCAGCCGCGCCACUUACAGGCUGUACGACUGGCUCGACGAGAGGGAGAAAAAGGUAAGCAAGAAGGGAGAGAGGAGGCAAUGGGUUGGGCUGGUGGGGAGGCAGGCAGGCAGGCAGGCGGGGAGGGAGGGACGGACUGAGAAAGGGCGACACACAGGCUUGACCCCUUCACGGAUGUGUGCUGGCUGGCUGCCUGUCGGCGUGCCAUGCAGGUGUACCCCUCCAUGGCCGGCUACGACGCGUCACUGAUUUCUCAGUUCUUCCCGCUGGACUUCGAGCCCGAGAGACUGCCGGACGAAAUCAUGUCAGCUCCGACACAAGAAAAGAACCCCCCGCACGAUGAUGUCUGGUUGCUCCGUCGCUUAUUAGGUGCGAAAAGUUUGCCUUCGCGCAAAUGCCGCUGUCCGAAAUCGCAGAUGAGACGAGAUUCAUGGUAUGAGCGCGCAGUCGGAUGCACCGCACCGCACCCUGCCAUUCAGCUGCCCCUGGCGCGUGCAUCCAUUCAUCCCUCUUUCUGUUUGCUGUGUGUCAGGGUAAUAUAGCGACGAAGCUGUGUCCCUUGCCAACGGCCCUAGAAGAAGGGUCAGCCGAUGCCAGCGACAUCAUGGUGAGGGGUGUCACACUUCUUCAGCAAGUCAGCAAGGGGAGCAGAGCAGUAGGAUGCGGCCGAUCUUGCCUGCUCGAUCUGCUGGCUGCAGAUUCCGGGUAUCGUCAUGUUCGCCAGCCGCAGGGCGCAGGUAGGUAGACAAGAAGAUGAGCGAUCGAUUCACUUCGCUCGCUCGCUUCCUGGCUGAUAGAAACCACUUUGGGAUCUGUUCCGCGCAUCCUGGCUAAUGCAUGUAUUGUGUGUGGGUGUACGUCAGGUAGUGGCUUCGCUGAUGAUGGGCAAGGAGAUAGGUUUCCUCAAGGCCUACGUCACGAAGCGGCAGCUGUGCCUGGAGGCCGGCCUCGAUGACAGCUUCUUGCUCUGCGGCCUCGACGAUGAGCUCAGAAGACAGGCGGCUGACUUCGAGAGACGUCAGGGACACGAAAAGCAAAAUCAAAUUCAUAUGGAUAGACCUGCCAUGCCAAACGGGUGUCGAAACUCAUCUUUCUUACUCGUGUGUAUUUCUUGUCGCAGAAAAGCUGGCUGCGUUGGGUCUGCAUUUCUUUGCCAUCCAGGCAUCAGAAGAGAAAGAGGUGAGUGACCCCGAUAGCCACAGCACGUAUGGUGGACACGUGUGUAUGUGUAUGUAAUUAAUGUGUGGUCGCGUCAGCCUGUGGCGUUUUGGUUGCUUCGUGAGAACAUCCAGGACGACGACCUGCUGAUAAGUGACGACGACGACGAAACGCUGCCGUUCGAGGGGCUCAAGUCCCCUGCUCGCAUACCAGACAGUGAUGCACUCACCUUUGGAAAGCAAGAAGCGUGACGAGGCAGACGAUAGGGCUGUACCAGAGGGCUGAUUGUGUGACUUAGGACGUGUGUCCACUAACUAUGUUCACUUGC